AUGGAGAAGCACUUCCAACUACUAGGAUUUCGUACUUCAGCCACACCACCGAUUGGGGAGCAACAAGGAGCGGGACAGUGGUCUAGUGAAGAGGCGAUGAGGAUACUGGGCAGUAUAUUACUUCUUUUCGUUGUUCAAUUUGUAGCCGUCACGGGUCAAGAUGAAACUGUGUCCGACGUUUUCGACGUUCCACCCCAUACCACGGAAAAUCGCGACGUCGUUGGUCCGAGCGAUUUCCUCGGGAGGACCGAAGAAAUCAACGAAGGGUUUGUCUGA